CCAAUGACCCCUCAAGCCGCAUUGUCUCUGUGCAUUGGUUCAUCAAAAUUCGGACACCGAUCAACAUGAUGUGAUCAGGGUAGCGAAGGACCAGCCAGCCUGGAGAAACUAGUCUUCCUUCGAUCGAAUUUAUGCCCGCGAUCAUGACCAGUAAUAGUAGUGUGCUCUGCAAUAUACCUACAUAUGUGCAUAUGUAUGCAGGCAUAUACAUGGAUGCAACGUACACAUCCACGUGAUCAAAUUAGUGAAGAACACCACAGAAACAGCAUCGUAGAGUGACUGAGUGUAUGAUGAAGUGCUACUCGAAGCGGACAGUUUUGACCAAAUUAUCAACUAGCCUCAUUCCCCAUCAUGGACCACCCACUUAGGCAUCUAUCUACGGCAAACGAAACCCAUUCAAAGCUAUCAUGGCUGCAGUACGACGUUCCGGUUUCUUAUACUCACAUUCUGAUCAUAACCUCAAUCACUGCCUAUCUAUACGCUGUCUAUCAAGCCCAGCGAAUCGCGAAGAAUAGCAAAGUUGCUUUGCCUAUAGGACAAUGGUCACUUUUGAUGCCUCGCGUAAUGCACAACGCUCUGUAUGGCUUCCGGGCAUCGAAGCUGUUGGACAGCGGCUACACGAAAAUCAAAAGCAAGGCAUUUCAGUUGAUUCAAAAUGACAGAAACAUCAUAGUACUCCCGCAUACCCUCCUCGAUCAGCUUUCAUCGCUGCCUGCUACUGUUGCUUCACCUCACGGUGCCCUCGAGCAAGAUCUUCUUGGACCACAUACGGGGCUGAAUCUCAUAUUAGACAGUCGAUUGCAUCACUCGAUCGUGCAGAGGAAGUUGACACCAAGGCUACCCAUAAUGGCACCUAGGCUUCAAGACGAGUUGAUGAAUGCCGUCGACUUUCAUUUUUCCCAUGUCGAGAAUGAAGAAGGCAAUGGGUGGACCAAGUUUCAGCCUUACCAGGUACUUGCGAAAAUUUCUGCACAACUUGCGGCAAGAGCAUUAGUCGGGCGUGAGCUGUGUAGAAACAAAAUCUGGCUGGAUGUCUCUGUCAAUUACACCGAAAGCUUAUUCCGUACUAUCGUGGUCCUUCGUUUCUUCCCCGCGUGGACCCAUUCCACACUGCGCUAUCUUCUUCCCUCCUACUGGGCAGGUCAAAAAUAUGUUCGCACCGCGAAAAACCUCUUAGGCCCUAUCAUUCAAGACAUGAUUGACAAGAACAACGUUGGAGAAUGGACAUCGGCGGAUGAUCAGGAGCCUAGUGUUUUAUCUUGGCUUGCUGAGACAGCUAAAGGCCGCGAUCGGAAUGCCGAAACCCUAGCUCAUGUCGAAGUACUGCUGGCACUAGCAAGCGUACAUACCACGCUUUUACGCAUGGUCAACGUGCUUUAUGAUAUAACAGCCGAUUCAGCUUGCCUUGCAGAACUUCGUGCCGAGAUUGAAGACGUAGCUGUGGCGGAGAAGGGCAAGUGGACAUACGCUGCAUAUGCGCGUCUUGAGAAACUUGACUCAGUAAUGCGUGAAAGUCAGCGCAUGAGCCCACCUACAAUUCUAGGGCUUAAGAGGCUUUUCAAAGAAAGUUUUACCUUCGAAGAUGGGACGCAUGUCCCACGUGGUGCCUAUGUUACCUUGCCUAUCUACGCUAUCGAGAACGAUGCUUCCGUUACACAAAAUCCGGAAAAGUUCGACGGGUUAAGAAGCUAUCGUUUGCGUCAUAUGAAGGAUAAUGAAGCUCAAGGAGUGAGGAAUGCCGUGGAAAGGGAAGAGUACCAAUUUUCUUCCCCGGGUCCGACAGUGCUGAACUUUGGCUACGGAAAGACAGCAUGCCCUGGGAGAUUUUUCGCUAGUUUGGUAGUCAAGAUGGUGUUUGUCAAGCUACUAACUGAGUUCGAUUUCCGAUACACGGGUAAGGAAGUCAGACCCCAGAAUAUAGUGAUGCACGAGUUCUUAUUUUGUUGGCCUUGGCAUUGGAUGGAAAUGAAAAAACGGGCGAACGGCGUGUGCCCGUUCUAA